CUCGUCUUGCCAGCAGAGGGAGCAGUUCCGUCUAUUCUUAACACGCCGAAGAAAAGUGUGGUUUGGACUCGGGACUGACAGAGGAAGUGAAACAUUUCAUCCCUGGGAAUGACCACAAGCCGUAGGCGGAACAAGUCGAGUUUGUAACUGUUUCACCGCUUUUCAUUAACAGCUUUCAUUGAGCUGAAGAUGGACAGAUCUGAGCGUGUCUGAUGUGGACGACAAGAGGGCAACAGCUGUCCGGCUAACGUUAACCCCGCUAGCAGACAGUCUGCAUAAAUCAAGCCCUGUUCUUAAACAUCACUGAAACACAACAACAAAGACACACCGACUACAUCAUGAACGAUGAUGUGAUGUUAAAUGUACCGGUCAUCCGGCAGCUGUACCACUGGGAUUGUGGCUUGGCCUGUUCGAGAAUGGUACUAGAGUAUUUACAUCCGGUUAGUGAGGAGGAAUUUCAGAGAGCGUGUUUGGACUUGGAGAUCACCGAAAGCGUGUGGACUAUUGAUCUGGCUUAUCUCAUGGGUAAGCUGGGGGUCAGACAUUGCUUCUACACACAGACGCUCGGCGUGGACAAGGGCUUCAAGAAUCAGUCUUUCUACAAAAAACAUUUUGACACAGAGGAGGACAGGGUGAACGAACUAUUUCUGAGGGCUGAAAGCAAAGGAGUCCUGGUGAAAAAAUGCUCUGUUAAUAUUCAGGAGAUCCAGAGCCACCUGGAGCAGGGUCAUGUGGCCAUAGUGCUGGUCAACGCAGUCGUGUUGGUGUGUGAGCUGUGCUCCACGCCUGUUAAAUACUGCUGUUUCCUUCCUGUGGGUCAGAAGUGCUUUUGCAGGAAGCCAGAAUACCAGGGCCACUUUGUAGUGGUGUGUGGAUUUAACCGCAGAACCAGCAGCAUCUUCUACAACAAUCCCGCCUACUCAGACCGUGUGUGCUGCACCAGCUUUGGUAAUUUUGAGGAGGCCAGGAGAAGCUAUGGAACCGACGAGGACAUUCUGUUCAUCUACAAAGACGGUUGAGUCAUGACCGCUUCUGAAUGAACGCACGCACGUUCACAACCCCUUCUGCAUCCACUGUGGUUGGCUGGGUAGCAUUUUUGCCAACAGGGACCAGCGCUGCUGGCCAAUAGCAGAUAGUAUGUUUCACCUCUGACUAUGGUCUUCAAUAGAGCUAUAGCAUCGCACAAAACAUUACUAUUGUGCUACAUCGGCCACAGAAUGAAAUGUUCAUGAAAGGAAAGGGAGAUGCCAUGUAUAUGUAACUCAUUAUUGUGAUGUGGACUCAUAUUUUCAUCUAUAAGUCAUAUGAUUUCUAUAGUGUCUGCCACUGUAAGAGGAGGAGGAGGUGGAGUGUACAUAAUGUUUGUCAUUCAUGUAAAGAUAAAGAUUUUGUUUGUUCAGGGUAACCUUGCAAAAUCAUGAGGUUGUGUUGAUUUUUCUUGGAAGCCACUUAAGAAUACAGUGAGUUUUUAAUUAUUGUACAAGAGGGAAGCUGUUUUUAAAAACUCAGGUAAGAUUUGAUAAAUCCAGCAUGUUUUAUAUAUAUAUAUAUAUAUAUAUAUAUAUAUAUAUAUAUAUAUAUAUAUAAGGAAUGUUUCAUAGGUGCAAUAUGUGUGGAUCAAUUUCUCCAGGGGUUUCUUCAAGAAAAUCACCUCAUAAUCUCAUGUAGAGUAGCAAAAAAAGAGUUUGGCUGCUUUGUUGGCAACUGUGAACCUUGACCAUAAAGUACAUUUUAAACUCCCUCGUAGCACUAGUACAGUAUUAGACCUGUUUCUGUGUAAAUUACAAUAUUACGUUGUUAAAUUCUCAUGAUUACAUUGUGUUGGUAUAAUUCAUAGUAACUUUAAUUCCUCUGAGAGAGAACAGGUGUUGUACACCGUUUGAAAAGGUUUGUGACACAAUGGCUGACAAAUCAAAUGCUUGCACUAUGGUGUUCCACCAGCCAUAAUUAUGUUAUUUAAUCUUUGAUCAUUCAGGUUAAAUGGUAUUUUGUUGUUUUUUUCUUAGAUUUUUAAGACAUCAGGUGUCCGAUUACAUCAGCUUGUGCUUUUUUUUUUGAAAGACCAUAAGGAAUGUUGAUAUGGCAAGCUUUAUUUUUAUGAAAUAUAUAGUUGCAUUUCAGGAAUUAAUAAAAGUAUUUGUAUUUUAA